GAAAAUUCUUCGUUAAAAGUUGUACUUGUUACUCAUCAUGUUUUCAGCGCAUUCCUACUUGUGUUGAUCAUUUAACUAGUAGAAUCUGGAUUGUGCAUCUCGAAAAACCCACAACUGGCGAUGUCAGCAUAUUCGCUGCUUAACGGUUUUUACAUGGGUAGAAGCUGGAAAAACUCAGGAAUCUUGAAAAUGUUGAUAUUGUUACAGUGUUACUUGUAAAUCAGUAAAUGUUAAGUAUGGUUAUGGUGCCUUAUCUCGCUUCUGCUCCAGAACUGCUGAAAAUUUGAAAUUAUUUGUCUCUCUAUAUUGAUGUGUGGCUGGUGGUCGACGUUCUACACAGUUUGCAUUUGGCUGAUCUUGGUGCAUUUGUGAUUUGUCAACGCUGCAUCGCAUCGUGUGGUUGUCUGCUGAAUACGUUUCCUUCGUCCUUCGCGGGAUCAUGGCCGAACACCCUAUGUCCACGUCGUCACUACACGAUCAUGGGUCAGGACAUUCCCGAGGCGCAGGAGAGCCUGCGGAGCAGCCACGUUAACCUGGAACAAGUGGCUCGCUACUGCAAAGUCAACUACAUUCAGAAUGUGAUGGUGCACAAGGAGAAGAUUGCGCGCCGCGAGAUCGGCGCGCUGGCCACGACGAACAAACCGAUGCAGCGCCAGCAGAAGUUCCUGCAGCCGCCGCACCCGGAGCGCGCCAUCCGCUACGUGCGCAAGCCCAUCGACUACAGCGUGCUGGACGACGUCGGCCACGGCAUCAAGACCUCGGCCACGCCGCAGCCGCCGCGCGCGGCCCCCGCCACCGUCCGCAAGACCGGCUCCACCCUCACCGACACCAGCUCCAUGAGCUCUGGGCCCUCUGGGAAAUGUUUCGCCGGAUGCCUGUCGGUAUUCCGGAAGAGGGGAAAGAGGGCCGCACCUAUCGGCGAAACUGGUUCCGGUCAAAUCCAGUGCGACCGCGCUUCAUCUCCUACUGGAGAAAAGGACGGCGUAUAAUGUGUACAAGGUCAAUAAUCAUCCUGCGACUGCACUAAGCUGUGAGAAAAUGACCAAAGCGGAAAUUGUGUUUGACAUGGAAUUAUUUUGCACAUAUCUGUACCAGCUGAACCGAGCUACAAUGUGUAAUUCGUUACCGUGUUUACGUUUGAUCUCCUGAUGGUCUUAUACUAUGGUGAUAAAAAAGUAUACUGUGAAGCUGGCUGGGUACUGCGGACUUGAAUUUUCGGUCUCGUUGGAGCACAGUAAACAGUUACUAAACACAGCAACUUGUUAUUCAUUUUUAAAGAACAGUAUCGAAGUGUUUUCUCGUUUUGGAUUAAACGCAAGUACUGUAAAGUGUAAACAGACUAAUCUUUUGGAGUUUUACAAAUUUUUAAACGGGUUACGA